GGAAAGGAGGAAGAGACUUUAAAUGGAUGAGAAGGGGAUCAGAACCCUCGCCACUGCUGCCCAGCCCCUUCCUGAGGCUCCCCCCUCGCUUCCCACACUUCCCUUUAUUUCCCGCCACUCCCUGUACACGGUUGGGCUCUCGGGUCUCUUCCUUUUUUCUCUGUCGUUAGAAAGAAACCUCUUUUCCUCCCAGAGUUCGUGGCUUACAGACGAGGCCUGCCGUCCUACUCCACCCGAGCUCUCCACAUUUUACCCCCCACCCCCCACAUCCCCAGGAGAGCACGGUCGCGUCUCCCCGCCUCCGCCCGGACCGCCAGGGGGCGCCGCAGUGCACAGAGCGCCGGGUCCACAGAGGGGAGUUCUAAUGCAGCCACAGACACCUCCGGGCGGUGAGAGCCCGGCCCGAUCCCCGGCCCCGUCUGCCUACGCGUCCCCGGCCCAACGAACCGGACAUGGACGAGGCGAAGACAACUGCUGGUCUCUGCCCAGAAAACCCCACGAGGGGUCACUGGGAGCCCCGGGAUUCGGCCACAAAAUACCUGCAGGGCCGGCCCGUGAGGUCACUGGGAGACACCACCGGGACAAGGCACAGCCUCAUGGUGAAGGUCACCAUAAGAAGUAUGGAGCCACAAAAUGAAAGAAGAUGGGACACCUUGGAGACAUCCUUCUUUAACUGUUCCCCAAGCUGUGAACAUAAUUAGUCACCAAAUCCUGUUUAUGCUUCUUCUGUAAUGUCUUUCAGCUGUAUCCAUUUAUUAAUAGUAAAAAAAAUUUUCUUAAGAAA